GACAGAGAGAGAGAGAGAGAGAGAGCUACCCGUCUCACAUGAGCAGACACCAACUGUACAGGUGAGGGAGGAUGAGGAGGAGAGGGGAGGGCACGGAGGACCUCAUAGCAAUGGAGGCAGAGAAAGGCUACGGCAGCAUCACCACGAAUGCACCUGUUCAGCGUCCCGACAGGAACGUCUUCAGUGACGGGACGAGUCGAGUUGAUUUUGUGUUGGUGUGGGAGGAGCCUCUGAGCUCACGGGAGGAGGAGAGCAAAGGUGUUGGCCCCGCCCACCAGAAGGUCAGGAAUGCGUUCCUGAACCAGCUGAGAGACUCCGGGUUGCUGCAGGAGCAGAAGGAGGUCCUGGAGGAGAAGACCAGGACCUGUUUCGUCCUCCUCAGUGCUCCUUGGAAUGUCCUCUGUUACUACGCUGAGGAGAUAAGCCUCCGAGUCCCUCUGAAGGUGGUCACCGCUCCGAUCACUAACUGGUCCGCUCAGGUUCUGACCCGGUUGUCCCUGCCCAACCCUCUGGACCACGAGGUCCCCAACCCCCCACCGGACUUCUACACCUGUCAGUUCCGGACCAACAAGCUGCCGAGGUUUCUGGGCAGCGACAACAAAGAGACCUUCUUCAAGACGACUCAGAGACACCAGCUGCUUUAUGAGAUCCUGGCCAGGACCCCCUACGGGUCUGUGACCAGGGGGGAGGUGGGGAUCGACCGGCUGCUGACGGAGCAGGUCUUCACCGCUGCCUACCCGCUGCACGAGGUGUGUUUGUGUGUGUGUGUGUGUGUGUGUGUGUGUCUGUGUGUGUGUGUGUGUAGGAAGGAGUUGUGUGACAGUAGAAACAGCUUCAACAUGUGUCCUCUCUGUCACAUCUGCACCUACUGGAACUACUCCAGCAUCUGUGUCACCUUCAAGGCCGGCAUCAUGUUUGAUAACGGAGGAACAGUGUUCUUCAGUGUCUUCAUGUCUCUGUGGGCCGUCACCUUCCUGGAGUUCUGGAAGAGGACUUGUUUAUUCCUGUCCCACCGCUGGGACUGCUCCGAGUUCCAGGACAUCGAGGAGAGACCUCGUCCAGAGUUCACCGCCAUGGCCCCGAUGACGAUGAGGAGCCCGGUGACCGGCGCCGAGGAGCCGUACUUCCCCGAGAAGAAGCGCUUCAACAGAACCGUGACGGGCUUCAUGGUGGUGAUCCUCAUGGUGGCCGUGGUGCUGAUGUUCCUCAUGGCCGUCAUCCUGUACCGCAGCAUCAUCACGGUCUGCAUCCACCGGGCCGGAGGCUUCCUCAUGGAUCAGGCUGGGAGGGUGGCCAGUAUCUCCGGCUCUGUGUUGAAUCUGCUCGUCAUCCUCAUGUUGUCGAGGUUCUACACGUCUCUGGCCCACAUCCUCACCCGCUGGGAGAUGCACCGGACUCAGUCUAAAUAUGAAGACAUGUUCAUCCUCAAAGUCUUCAUCUUCCAGUUCGUGAACUUCUACUCGUCCCCGGUGUACAUCGCCUUCUUCAAGGGCAGGUUCGUCGGUUACCCCGGAAAUUACCAAACUCUGUUUGGAGUUCGCAACGAAGAUGUAAGGUAUCAUGUCCUCGUGUCAUCAUGUCCUCGUGUCAUCAUGUCCUCGUGUCAUCAUGUCCUCAUGUCAUCAUGUCCUCAUGUCAUCAUGUCCUCGUGUCAUCAUGUCCUCGUGUCAUCAUGUCAUCAUGUCCUCGUGUCAUCAUGUCCUCAUGUCAUCAUGUCCUCAUGUCAUCAUGUCCUCGUGUCAUCAUGUCCUCAUGUCCUCAUGUCCUUUUAG